UGCUGGUUUGGUUCUAUGCUCUGUGAGGCUUGGACGAUAGGUCUAGAAUUUGGAGGCAUUAGGUUCUAAGACCCAUAAAGCCUAGGAAGCCUAGGAAGAGGGAUGGCUAGUAAGGUUUAGAUGAUGUUGAGCCCUACUUUUAUUUUGUGGGAUAUUGGAUAUCCCUUUUACACUUAUGGCUCCAUCAUUAUUAUUGCAUUAAUUAUUUGGCAAGUGAAAAAGAAACACCAAGAUUUAAAGUUGCGACCUAACAGGAACUGCUGCCGGCGUCACCAGAAAGUCAAACAAAGGGCUAAAGAGAAAACACCAAGAGCUAGGAGACAUUCCCGGAAAGAAGCUGACAAGCCGUGGGGGAUGCUUUCGAUCAUGCGAAGCCAGGGCUGGCUUCCUCAGGAAGGGAGUGUGCGGCGGCUCCUGUGUGCAGACCCCUGCUGCCAAAUCUGCAAUUCUGUGGCUCUGGAGAUUCAGCAGUUGAUAUCGGGUGAGACUACUCUGACCACCCCUACUUCAUCCAGGCCAUCGCAGGGCUCCUCUUGCCUAGAGGUUUUGUCCAUGUCCAGUCUCUGUUUUGACCAGAGUCGGGAUUCCCUGCCCUUCAAACAGCUUUCACUUCCAUCAGCAACCCGCACAGUGUCACAACUAACAACUCAGAAAUCCGUAACCCUGUCAGCUGCCAAGUCAGCCACUAAGCCAGCCACCAAGUCUGCCAGCGCAAUCAGCAUCCGCCAAUACUGGGCUGGUCACCAGCAGCUAAGGCAGGAAUGUCGAGGGCCAGAGUUGCCCUUGGAUGCAGGAGCUCUGUCUUCUUCGAGCCUUGAAGAGCCUAGGAUUCCUGUGAACCAGCAUGUCAAGAAGAGCAACUCUGAAGGUAUUCUGAAGAAACAAGAAGCUGUAGAAGCCGACCUGAGAAAUAAGCUGAAGCAUUUUACAGACUGGAUUAACCCUAACACGAAAGAUCAAGGGCAUAAGGAAUGCAUCCUCCGCUGUAAGGAUGAGAAAGUGGCCAAAACCAAGACAAAAAAGGCUGAGAAGAGUCCACCUCCCACCAAACGCCCCAUGAAGGGAGCUAAGUUGGAGAAGGAGGAGGGCUUCUUUGACACGCUCCAGUGCCUGGACAGUGAGUCCCAGCGACAGUCUGUGCAGUCCGUGCAGUCCGGCCAGUCCUGUUUCCUGCCCCUCUCCAGGGGCAGCUCCAGGCGCAGUCCUCUGCUGACUCGUGCCACUCAGCCAGAAAAUCCAACCCAAGUCUCCACGUGCACCUCAGCAGAAGGCUCUCGUCUACCCCAGAAGAGUACCCAGUCCAGGAAGAAGGAGCUCAGAGGUUCCCAGACUUCUGCAUCCUCCUGAAAAUGCUGUCGUCAUCAUUUCCAUUAAUAUUCUGGUGAGGCAGGACCCUCUCCAAAUAAACUCUAUACCUUUAAGCAAAGAA